CCCCCGCCCGCCAUGAGCCUGCAGUGGUCGGCCGUGGCCACGUUCCUCUACGCCGAGGUCUGCGCCGUGCUGCUGCUCUGCGUCCCCUUCAUCUCCCCCGGCAGAUGGCAGAAAAUCUUCCGCUCCCGCCUGGUGCGGCUGGCGGUGACCUACGGGAACACGUUCUUCGUGGUGCUGAUCGUCAUCCUCGUGCUGCUGCUGCUGGACGCCGUGCGUGAGAUCCAGAAAUACGACGACGUGACGGAGAAGGUGAAUCUGCAGAACAACCCGGGCGCCGUGGAGCAUUUCCACAUGAAACUGUUCCGGGCCCAGCGCAACCUCUACCUGGCCGGCUUCUCCCUGCUGCUCUCCUUCCUCCUGCGCCGGCUGGUGACGCUGAUCUCCCAGCAGGCCUCGCUCCUGGCCUCCAACGCCGCCUUCAAGAAACAGGCCGAGGGCGCCAGCGACGCGGCCAAGAGAUACAUGGAGGAGAACGACCGGCUGAAGCAGGAGCUGACGCAGGCCGGCGUGGAGGUGGGGGAGCGGCCGGCCGAGGGGCCGGGGGCCGCGGAGCAGAACGAGGCGCUGAAGGUGGAGCUCAAGCAGCUGCAGGAGGAGCUGGACACGAGCAAGAGGGCCACGGAGAAGGCGGAGCGCGAGGCGCUGGCCAUGAGGAAGCAGGCCCAGGGGCUGACCCAGGAGUACGACCGGCUGCUGGAGGAACACGGCAAACUGCAGAUGCUGCAGGCGGGACCCAAGGACAAGAAGGAAGAGUGACGGCUCCUCCCCUCCCCCUUCUGGCUGCCUCAGUCGCUUUCAGUGGGCGGGGCCUCUCUUGGACCACGCCCCUUGUUCUGCAGUGGGUGGAGCCUACAGUAUUCAGGGGCGGGGGCGCCCUUCCCCCAGUGGGGCUCUGACCUUCCCCCUCUGCUCCAGGAGGUGGGGGUGGGGCCGCUGUGCCCAUUCCAAGCAGGGGUGUCAGAGCCCCUGUGCCUCAGUUUCCCCUCGGACCUGCUUUCUGCCUCUCCUGGGCUGGGGGCCCCCUGGCUUCCUCAUUGAAUCACAAGGCUUGUGGGGAGCGGCGAUUCCCCCCCAGCUGUGCCCCCUGCUUGUACGCCCCGUUCCUAGGGGGGGGACGGGGCGGGCCCCCCCGCCGGGCUGUAGCCGUGUCAGCUUUGCCUUCAAUAAAGGGUCAGACACCACGCUGGGCGCACGGUGUGUUGCUGAACUGGGGGG